AUGAGCACGCCACACUCGAAUGAUAGCAGGUCUGCCGAUGGCUAUUCUGCACUAGAGGUAAGCGUGCCAGACUUGACGGCUGCCUUGGAGAACAAGCGAGCUCAGGCUGCCGAGACCCUUCCCAGCUUCUGGCUGACCAAAGAGCUGCUAGAAUCGAGAAAACACCCGUUGAGGCAGAAAUGGCGUCGAACCUCAUGUACGAUCGCUUGUAUGCUGGAAGGGACAGAAGAUCUGAUAGGACAGUAUGGUUCCAAUAACUUCCUGGAAUAUCUUGCGUCGGUCAAGAAGGCGAUCCCGACAGGCUACACAAGCCCGGAUGAAAAGCCGGUCGGAAACUCGGCCGAGGGGAUAUCUACACCGGAGGAUCCCAUCGAAACGUUGACACUUUUGACUCACCUCGUAGCCACCGGUCGAGAACUCGCGGAAGCACUCAGAGAUGCUGAGCAAGGAGACAUCCCAUCCGAUGACGAAGCCGAAUACGAGGACGAGGAGGACGAGGAAGACGAAGAAGACGAAGUCUCGAAAGCAACUUUCUACGACCCCUACCAAGACUUUUGGGAGACUUGCAAUAGAUACGCUUCGUCCCUCAAUGCCAUUCGACUGCAUGCCGAGGAGGUAUUCAACGAGGCGCAUGGUUCUGCAGCUCAACAGAGCAAGCCGAAACGGGGCAUUAAAGAGUCUAACCGGGUUUCCGCUGACAUCCAUGAAAGUUCAGCCUCUGGACUAACAGUCUCAGGUGCAACUCAUAAGAGGGUGAAGAGCGUCAGCUUCGAAUCGACUGAGAGUGGUGGGAAAGAGACGAGGGAGUCGAGUCAUCUAACACCUUGAGGCGAGACCUAUCGGAGCUGCUACUAGAGAG